UCCCCGCCCCCGCCACUCUCUCUCUCUCUCUCUCUCUCUCUCCCUCACCUUCUAGGGUUUUACUCCUGCUCCCAUGGCCGCCUCAAUUACAACCCCCUCAAUUUCUCCACCGAUCGCCAAAAUCUCCUCUCGAUCGAUCAAGCCUCAGCGCUUGACCGAGCUUCCUCUUCGCCCGAUUGAUCGAAGGGGUCUAUCGGUUCGAUGUAGCUUAGAUUGGAGCUUGGUCAAUGGAUCCGGAUCUGGAUCCGCUGCUGAGUGUCGUGGGAGAGAGAAUGAGCAGUUCGUUGGCUGGUUUCGAGAGGCUUGGCCUUAUAUUAGAGGUCACAGAGGGAGCACUUUCGUGGUUGUGAUAUCGGCAGAAAUUGUGGCUAGUCCUCAUCUCGAUGCCAUUCUCCAAGACAUAUCUCUCCUCCAUGGUAUGGGUAUCAAGUUUGUGCUCGUUCCUGGGACCCAUGUCCAAAUUGAUAAGCUUUUGGCAGAUAGAGGAAACAAGGCCAAAUAUGUUGGUCCAUACCGAAUUACAGAUUCUGAUUCAUUAGAGGCAGCUAUGGAAGCGGCUGGAAAAGUUCGUCUUACAAUGGAAGCAAAGCUUUCUCCUGGACCUCCUAUACUGAACCUUCGUCGACAUGGUGAUAAUAGCCGUUGGCAUGAGCUUGGAGUUUCUGCUGCAAGUGGCAACUUCCUUGCAGCUAAGAGAAGAGGAGUUGUUGAAGGAAUUGACUUUGGAGCAACUGGCGAAGUGAAAAAAAUAAAUGUUGUGCAUAUUCGUGAAAGGCUUGACAACGAUUCGAUUGUGAUAGUGAGCAAUUUGGGCUAUUCCAGCUCUGGAGAAGUUUUGAAUUGCAACACUUAUGAAGUUGCUACUGCAUGUGCCUUGGCGAUUGAAGCAGAUAAGCUGAUUUGCAUUGUAGAUGGUCAGAUUCUUGAUGAACAUGGACGACUUAUUCGUUUCAUGACUCUUCAAGAUGCGGAUUCAUUGAUUAGAAAGAGGGAAAAGCAGAGUGAAGUAGCUGCAAACUAUGUCAGAGCUGUAGAUGAAGAAGGUAGUUCUCUGGAUUGUCUUGAUUCAAAUGGAUCAAGCAUCAGUAUAUUGAACAGGAAUGGUUACAGUAAAGGCUACAGGGCAACAUUUCAGAAUGGUGUUGGGUUUGACAAUGGAAAUGGUCUAUGGUCCAGUAAUCAGGGAUUUGCUAUCGGAGGUGAGGAGCGCUUGAGCAGAUUAAAUGGGUAUCUUUCGGAAUUAGCAGCUGCGGUAUAUGUGUGCAGGGGUGGAGUUCAAAGAGUUCAUUUAGUAGAUGGUACUCUUGGGGGAUCCUUGUUUCUGGAAUUGUUUACAAGAGAUGGUUCAGGUACUAUGGUGGCUAGUGAUCUAUAUGAGGGAACUCGGCCAGCCAGAGAGACAGAUCUUCUUGGUAUUAAACAACUUAUUCAGCCAAUGGUGGAAUCUGGCUCAUUGGUUCAGAGGACCGAUGAAGAGGUUAGCAUUGCGAAUACUUCUGUUUUUUGUUCACAAAACUGCGUAAUUGAAAGAGAUGGUUCUAUUAUUGCCUGUGCUGCUCUAUGCCCUUUCUUUGAGGAUAAAUGUGGGGAGGUUGCUGCUUUUGCUGUGUCUCCAGAAUGUCGCGGGCAUGGACGAGGAGAUAAAUUGCUUGAUUAUAUUGAGAAAAAGGCAUCUUCAAUUGGAUUAGAAAAACUUUUCCUGCUUACAACUCGUGCUGCAGACUGGUUUGUUAGGCGUGGUUUCUCGUCAUGUCUUCUUGAGUCUAUUCCUGAGGAUCGGAGGAAGAGAAUCAACCUCUCACGUGGAUCAAAGUAUUACAUGAAGAAGCUACAACCAGCAGUAGGUGGAAUUAGCGUCAACAGCUCUUCUUUUUGAUGUUAAUAUGUCAGCAUAAGGUUCAAUGUUUGUGUGGAAAGGCCUCUCUAAUUGUUUUGUUUUCUACUCACGUACAUUCAGAAGAUUCAGCAUCUGUUUUGACUUUUCGGGAUCCAACGAUAUGAACAUCUGUAUAGAACUCAACCGAAGGUUGACUAUUGAUAUUGUACAGAUAAAAAGGAAAAAAAAAGGUGGAAAGAGGACGUAUAUGCACUCUUUAAUUCAAGAAUGGUGGAAUACUUCUUUUGGGCUGACUUCGAUCUCUAUACUGGAAUUUGUUGAUCUAAUCUGGAUUCCUUCAUAUAAAUUAUCAUUGCCACAAAGUUCAAAUUUACGACAGGUACUUGCAGAAGGAUUGCAUCAGUACCUUGAAUUAUCAGAAGCAGGUGAAAGGCUAGCCUCUGGCUGGUUAAUCCCUGCCAUUUGGUAGAUGAAUUUGUAGUUUCGAGUUAUAUCUUAUGAAGAAAUGUAUGGAAUUUUAAUGGCAAUACGGAAAAGGAAAGACGUUGGUUCCGAA